AGGCGCAGUGCGAUUGAGGUUUAAGAAGCAGGCGGGUCGGUUGGAACGACAUGUCCGGGCCGGGUCUGGUGGCGGGUGAAGUCGCUGUUGACGCGCUGCCCUAUUUCGACCAGGGCUAUGAGGCGCCGGGCGUCCGGGAGGCGGCAGCGGCGCUGGUGGAGGAGGAGACGCGGCGUUACCGACCCACCAAGAACUAUCUGAGUUACCUGUCUGCGCCAGACUACAGCACUUUCGAGACUGAAAUAAUGCGAAAUGAGUUUGAACGCCUAGCAGCUCGCCAGCCCAUAGAACUGCUGAGUAUGAAAAGGUACGAGCUGCCUGCACCCUCCUCUGGGCAGAAGAAUGACAUCACAGCAUGGCAGGAAUGUGUUAAUAAUUCAAUGGCUCAGCUGGAACACCAGGCAGUUCGAAUUGAGAAUUUGGAAUUGAUGUCUCAGUACGGCUGCAAUGCCUGGAAAGUAUAUAACGAGCAUUUAGUUCAUAUGAUUGAACAGGCACAAAAAGAGCUGCAGAGUUUGAGGAAACACAUUCAGGACCUUAACUGGCAGCGAAAGAACAUGCAACUCACAGCUGGUGCUAAACUUCGAGAGAUGGAAUCUACAUGGGUGUCCUUGGUUAGUAAAAAUUAUGAAAUUGAACGAACUAUUGUACAACUGGAAAAUGAAAUUUCUCAAAUUAAGCAGCAACAUGGAGAGGCAAAUAAAGAAAACAUCCAACAAGACUUCUGAGACUUGCUACCAAACACAGAAAACAACCUCAAAUCUAUUCAUGGCUAUAGUUUUCAUUUUUACUUAUGUAUGUAGUGAUACAAAAAACAUUGUCUGUACUAGCUGAUCCCUGAGAGUUAGAACAGGAAACUGAUUACAAGGAGCAGAACUUGUUCCUCAAAAAAAUUGCUCAGUUCCCAGAUUUCUGGUAUGAAAGUCGUGGGGAUUUUGUUUUGAAAUUUUUUAAUAAUGUGAAAAUAAACAUUUUUUAACUUCUAGUAAA